AUGCCGGUUCGGCGUUAUACGGCGACCGCCGACGGCGCCCGCUUCCUCGAGGGCGAGGGCGUUCUGCACCUCACGGGUGGUGUGCUGCGGCACGUGAAGCGUGAGCUCGAGGAGCUGCUCGCGGGACGCGCCGCGGGCGCGGGGGACGGCGUCAGCUGCAACAACAACGGGAGCGACUGCUGCGACCCCGGAGACGGCGUCGGGGGCGCCUCUGUCGCAGCCACGCGCGAGGUGUUUGACGCGCUCGGCCAGUCGGGCUCGCAGGUCUGCUCGUCGACGGCGGCUGUCGCCUCUGGCGCUGUCAGCCACCGGUUCGGAGAGGACGCCGGACGGGUCACCUCCUCGGCCUUGUGCGCCGUCGGCUCCACCGUCGGCGCGGUGCACAACGUGGCUUCGCUCGGCCGGCGCGGCCUCGUGACCAACGUCACAAAGUGCGCCGCCACCGGCGUCGCAAAGACGGUGGCGGCGGACGACGCGUGGGAGGAGUGGCCGGCACGGCGGCCGGUGCCGAUGCUGCUCUCGAACCACAGCGAAGGCGACUUCCUGCUCGUCUCCUCCGCCGCGCGCCCUCCCUCGCGGCAUACGGCGUGA